AUGUCCGGAGCAGUGAUCGAGAAUCUGAGUAAUCGUAAAUUGUGCUAUAUUUUGGUCAUACUUUUAGUAGCGCUUGUAAUAUUUUUCAUCUUGGGCGUUUCAUGCUCUCCCCAGCCAUCAACAUCAAUGGAAUUUAUUAUGGUAAAGUGUAAAGAUGCUGAAGGUGGAAGAAAUUUGAACAAAUGGUUCUAUCUAAGGCCUUCGGCUAGUUUUUAUUUUUUAAUUCGAAACUGUGAUCCAAUCCAUGAUCUCGAUAAUUACAUACCACAGUAUCAUGACAUGCGUGAUAUUGUGUUUGUAGCACAAUUGCCUCAUCAACGCGAUGGCAUUGAUUUGGAAUAUUCCUCAUGGUUUCAGUUUUUACUUGCUUUACUUGAAGUGGAUAUUGAAUAUGAUUCGAAAUUCACGCUUGCUAGAAGUGCCAAACUGCAACUUGAAGUUAGACUCGGCUAUAAGACACAAAUUGAUCCACCAGAUCAAUGGCGUGAAUUUAUUGCGACAAAUAUUACUAGGACUCUUGAUUGCAUUCCUCCUGAGACCAAACAUGAUGGUCACUUGUAUAAUUGUCCGUCAUUGGAUUUAUUCGAGCUGGGCUCUAAUCCGUAUCCAUUUUAUUUAAUUAAUGUUCGGUUGCCGGUCAAUCAAGUUCUUUGUCGGGAGAAACCAAAUGCACCAAACUGUGCAAUUGGAAGAAUAAAUGAUUUACGUGUUAUUGCUAUACAUCAGAAUGGUGGGUUUACAGCUGUCUGGUUAGUGAUGAAAACUGUGGUGUCACCGUUGGUUACUGCUGCUGUGAUAUGGUUUUGGAAACGCGUCGUAGCUUUAAAUAGGCACUCUUAUUUGUUAGAAAAAGCAAUAAUGGCUCUAGGAACAAGUUUAGCUAUUUUAGAUUUUCCUAUAGAAUGGAUCUCAUUAUGGUCCCGGGCACCAUUUAUGCUUCUUGUUGGUGAUAUUAGGCAAGGUUUAUUUUAUGCUAUGUUAUUCAGUUUUUGGCUUAUUUUUGCUGGUGAACAUUUAAUCGACGAUUCUUCAAGAAACAAUUUGAGUUCGUAUUGGCGUAACUUGACGUCUAUUUUGGUCGCAUCGAUGUGCUUUUUGAUUUAUGACGUAGCUGAACGUGGCAUGCAAUUGUUGAAUCCAUUUUUUAGCAUUUGGUCGUCAAAGUUUGGUUCACGUUUGGCGUAUUCAUCAAUUUACGUGGCCUCUUGUUGUGUUGUAACAUAUUUCAUAUUUCUGGCUUAUAAAGUAUAUCUUGUUUUGAUGACGAUUAAACGAAAACGUGCAGCCCAACUUUAUCGAAGCAGCGUUGAAGCAAUAAUUUAUCGUUUCAAAUUUUUGAUGUGUUUUACGCUAGUAUGCGCAGCAUUUACUGUAAUUACUUACAUUAUGAAACAGUAUGGUGAAGGACAAAUACACAGUGAUGAUCCAUCGGGAAGUUUACUUGUACAUUCGUCGAGCGCUUUUUUUACGGGUACUUUUGGCAUGUGGAAUAUAUAUGUGCUUUUAUUAUUAGCUAUGUAUGCACCAUCGCAUAAGCAGUAUGGCACAACCAUUGCACUUUGCGAAGAGAGAGAAUUAUUGAUGCAUAAUAGUGGGUCAACACAGUCGUCAGCCUUAACCGCAUUUAUGAAGGCCUCUGCAAAUGAUUAA